AACCGAUCUCGAUCGAAACGUCGUUGUGGUUGGUGAGCUAUGGGCGCGGGUGCCAGUGUGGACGUGGUGACGAAAGAGCAAUGUCAAAGUUUGUACGGGGACCUAUUUAAUGACGCCGAGUGGGCCAAACAGGCGGUCGAUGGUGUCGUCACUCGAGACAAACUCACCACUGCCUUCUCAGCGCUGACCGACGCGUUUCUCACCCAUGACUGGGGCACCGACGGCACGACGCACAAGAACGUCAGUGUCAUCAACACCCUCCUCAAAGCCAGGGGUAUCACGACGUGGUUUGACGAAGAAAAAAUGGAGGGCAAUGUGAAGAAACAAAUGAUCCACGGCAUCGACAACGCCCGCGCGAUCGUGGUGUUUGUGACCCAGCGAUACAUUGACAAAGUGGGGGGCAACAACGCUGAAGACAACUGUCAGCUUGAGUUCAACUACGCCGCAAGGCGCAAGACAGCAUCGAAGAUGAUUCCAGUGCUCAUUGACCCGAGCCCUACCUUGAAGAACACGGCCAACUGGACGGGGGAAGUGGGCUUUGUCUUGGGAGGGCACUUGUACCUGGACCUGAGCUCAGCGUUCGGCAACGAUGCGCUCUUGGCUUCUCGAAUCGACGAACUUGUGACCAAGAUUGUCAGUGUCGCUGGCACCCCAUUGUCUCAGAGGUUUCAAUCUGCACAUCACGACGCAGUGCCUCCCCCCACUGGCGGACCGUCCACCCCUCGGACUGCCUCUGCUACCAUCAGCACUGUGCCGUUGGCGAGUCUAACACAGCACCAAGUGGGGACGUUGCUCAACAACUUGACGUGCUCCAAGUACAGUGCUGUGUUUGUGGAGAACGAAAUCACAGGUGAAGUGUUGUGUGGCGUGGAAAGUGCCGACGAAGUCAAAGAAUUAGGGGUGACGUUGGCCCCAAAGGCGCGAUUGCUGUUUGAUAAACUCUCAGAGUUCAAAGCCUCUGGAGUUCCUUCUCACCUCCUGAAAGCGACCGAGCCAAGUCCGCCUGCAUUGGUAUCAACGCCCCCCCACAAAAGUUUUGAAGAGCUCAAGGCGGCUAUUCUACCAUCUAACUGGGUGCAGUUGUACAAGUAUCCGCUUGAGUCCAACGGAGCCAACAUUUUAUCCGCCCACAAGCUGACGUGGCCCACGCCUGCUUGCAGCGUCUCCGUGUUGGGCGGGCUCGUAACAACAGGCGACUAUGCCGACAUGAUGAAGGACAAUUGGGAGUUCUACCGCCUCGAAGCCCUAGCCAGUCGACUCGACAAGCACGAGUUCCUCCUGACGUUCAAGAUCAAGGUGGCCCGCGGCGACAGCACGCCGCUAUGCGCAGGCUACAACCCUUGGUUUGCAGUCGACAUCACCGCGGACAUGUGUCUCAUCAUCCAGUGCAAUCGAGAGGCACAAGGGUUCGUGGUGCAAUUGAACGGCAAUCCAUGGCUGAUGCCGAUCGACACGUGGCUGGAUGUUGCCGUGCUCAUGGACGUGCCCCACUCGGUGAUUCAGGUUGUCAUCAACACGGACCGGAUGGACACGAUUCCGCUGCCGCCCGCGUUUACGUUUACUACUCGCGACAUGCCCACAGAAGGCAACGAGUUUUACCUCCUGCGACGGGACACCAUGACCAAGCUCUUUAGCGGCCAUUUGCGCAAAAUCGAGUUGUAUUCGACAUUGCCGUUGACCCGGCCGCAGCCGAUGAUCCAAGGGUCCGACCCAACUAGCCACGUCCGUCACUUAAGCCAAUUGGCUGAGUGGACAAAUGGGUUGAACUGCCUGUGCAACUACGUCGACAUGAAGGUCAACGUUGUCGACAGUGUCGACGGAACUGCGAUGUUGCUCCCGCAAGGCAGCUUUAUUCACCCCGAGCUGGGAACGUAUUUCGACGGCGAUUACUACGGCGAAGCGUACAACCAGUCGGCCAUGACCCGUGCGGGGGGCAACUUUGGGCUCCACUUAAACAACUACGACUUUGUGUUUGCGACACGCGUCGCGACCAUGGGGCCGUGUUAUGUCAUGAAUAUGGGCAGCUCCCACCGCUACUUUGUGGUGCAGAUCACAAUCCAACGGAACUUGGUCGUGCUCCUCAACUGCCACAGUGUCUCACACGACGUCAAGGAGAAGGGUGUGAUACUGACGCUGGAACACAACACGUGGCACGACAUUGCAGUCAAGAUGCAAGGCAAGGCGAUUCACGUGGCCGUGGACGGCCGCGCCAUGGACACCAUCGCGUUGACAGACGACUUUGAGUUCACCGCCGGGCCAGGCGAAGACACGAAGCUGCUUCUCGUCAAUUUUUCCUGCGGCGGGUGCUUUUACGGGUACAUGGCGUUCAUUGCGUUGUGGUCCUCUGAUUGCCCAGUCGAGGUUGACGACAAUAAUACUGUCUUGCAUUUAUAAUGAGCAGUUAUCUCCCAUUGUCAAA